AUGAAAGUUGGCGUACUUCUUCACUUGCAAGGACCCUAUAUUUCUUUGGAAGCAUUAACCAUAGCGGUGAAUCAUCUUCAAUGUCGUCAUCCUUUUCUUCGAAGCCGUCUACAAAACAAUCCUACUAAGCCUGGCAACUAUUUAAUGGAAGAAGACAAUGCACUUCGUCUUAAGAUUCGAGAGAUACCACGAAAACGUAACGAUCAUCUCCACUUCUGGCGUCAGGAAUGGCGAGAACGAGAGAAGGAGUCAGCAAUCAUCGGGCAGGGACUUGUCGAAUUCUGGCUUCUGCAGGAUCCUGAGGAUAGUGCCACUGCAAAUGCUCCGAGAGAACUGAUACUCAUAUGCGAGCAUUGCGUGUGUGAUGGAUUGUCUCUGAGUACGGUAGCUCAUGAACUUCUCAUGACUUUAAGCAAGGGCGAUCAACAUAUACUUUGCAAUGCAUUGGAAUGGCCAAUAACCAUGGAAGCAGCUAUCCAAAGAAGUCUUUCAACAUGGGGCAGGCUAGUCACCUUUGGCAAAUUCAUUCUGGCAGCCAUGUAUUGGCGCGUGACAAGAACACAGACCAUUGCAAGGAUACCAUUGGCUCAAGUCGAUUUUUCAUUGAUUGAGAUGGUUAAGUACUGUCACACUGAAGUCUCCUAUGGCACGUUGUGCAAGGAAGAAACCCAAAAACUCGUUGACAAAUGUCAUCGCGAGAGAGUAACGGUGACAUCAGCUGUCAGCAGUGCGAUUCUAUGCGCUAGUUCGACGUUAGUGAACGUUGACGACGCUGAAGCGACCCAAUUGGUCGUUGCAAUUGCAGCCGAUACGCGCAGACGAUGUGUACCAACAAUUCCUAAUCAUGACCUUAGUUAUCACGUAUCAGGAACCAUGGCAUUCACAAUUCCUACGAGAGAUACGCCAACGACGUUCUUAGGAAUGUGGCAGCUGGCGAGUGCGUUCGGUCACCACGUGAAAACUUCAAUUGACGCUGGCCAAACUCUUGCUCUCGGUAUGAUCAUGGGAAAGAUAUACGAAAAGAACCUUGAUCCGCCCAAUCUUGCACAAGUUCCAACCUUUGGCAUUUCGAACUGGGGUGUUUUACCCUACUGUAAACAAUAUGGAAACUGGGAGUUGAUAGCGACGAUUCCGUUCGGUAACUUGAUUCGAGCGCCCAUGCCAUUUGCUUUGAUUCAAACUGUCAAUGGCGUAUUGACAGUGGUGUUUGUUGGAUCGGUCCCCAUAUUUCCACUAGAUAACCUAGAGAAUUUACGCAAUGGAACUUUGGAAAAAUUGCGCCUAAUGAUAGAAAACUAA